AUGUUUGCGUGCGGGUACUCUUUCUUCAUCUCAGGCGUGAACGAUGGAACUCUUGGCCCUCUGAUCCCAUACAUCUUGAAUAGCUUUAAGAUAUCAACAGGCCAGGUCGCGUAUAUAUAUGCGUGUACCUUUGUCGGGUGGAUCACUGCUCUACCAAUCAAUCCUGUCCUGGUCAACUAUCUCCCCCUCGGCCUCAUCCUUGCUCUAGGCGCUGCUCUCCAGUUGUUGGGACAGUUUAUGAGACCGUGGGGUCCCUUGCCAUUGUACUCUGUCUCAUUCUUCUUUUGUGGAUUAGGAAUGGCAGUGCAAGACUCGCAUGCAAACACCUUUGUCAGCAGCGCAAAAGUUGCACACAUAUGGCUAGGCUUCAUUCAUGCAAGCUACGCUGCUGGUCUAGCUGUAGGACCGAUAAUCUCAACUGCUUUAGCCUCGAAAGAAGAAAACAUAGGUGGUGUUGCUAGCUGGAAGGCAACAUACUACGCACUCAUCGGACUAAACGCACUCAAUGUAGCGGGGACCUUUUUUGCGUUCCAAGACUCGCUUCGCCACAAACAAGCUGGCCAGGACGUGGUAGAGAUCCCGGAAAGGAAGGCAGUGGCGAUGCACGAGUUGAAAAGAUCGAUAAAAUGUUGGUCGCUGUGGGCGAUUUCUAUGGCCUUCUUCCUGCAACUAGGAGCAAUGAUGACUGCUUCAGGAUGGGUGGUCGAGUUUCUGACCAAAGUUCGCGGUGGUGACCUGAAAAAGAUGGGCUACGUCCCAACAGGCUGCAACGCAGGGAUUCUGCUCGGCCGCAUCGUUCUCGCCGAGCCUAUCCAUCGCCUCGGCGAGCAAAGUACCAUUCUGGCAUCUUUCGUCCUCACACUCGCCUUCCAGUUAGUCUUUUGGCUCGUGCCUGACAUCAUCGGAUCUGCAGUAGCACUCGCACUGAUGGGGUUCUUCUCUGGACCUUUCUUCCCUGUAGGCAUUGCUGUCAGCAGCAAGCUUUUCCCGCGCGAGAUUCGUUCCACCGCUUUGGGUUUCAUCUUUGUGCUUGCACAAGCUGGAGCGGCGCUCUUCCCGUCUAUGACGGGAUUGGUUGCUCAAAAGGCCGGUGUGCAGGUCUUACAGCCUAUUGUGACUGCACUGCUUGUAUUGGGUGGGCUCUUUUGGUGGCGGGUUCCUAAUGUACGUGAGAUUGAGUUGUAA